UGAAAGAGACCCAAAGUGGUUCGUUUUUAGUAGUUAAUCAUUCCUGGAAACGAUUUAGACGAAGUAUCAAGUGAGAUGCAUAGAGUAACCGUUUUUGCGUUCCUUGCUGUGUUAGUUUUAGGCAGUAUUCCGAGAUCACAAGCCAACAGUUGUAUUGGACGCCCGGAUGGCUCUUUUGUGAACGAUUUUACGGAAUGUGAAGCCUUUUUCACGUGUAUCCGCGAAACACAAGUGCCUGGCCGUUGUCCUGAUGGGUUCUAUUUCAAUGAAGAACGCCAGCUCUGUGAUAACCAAUGGAAUGUAGUUUGUCUCCUUUGCAUUGGACCCGAAGAAGAACCCGAAGUGGUGGAUCCUGAAACCUUCAUUACACCCGAAUUUUUCCCAAUCGAAAAUGAAUGUCGAAAAUAUACGCUUUGUGCUAACGGCGUUGGAUUCUUGAGAGAAUGCUCUGCAGGUCUUAUGUUCAACCCGGAAUCCCUGACGUGUGAUUUGGAGGAUAACGUAGACUGUGUUGAAAGUAUGUGUCCAAAUAAUAUCAACCCAAUGGAGGCAACGAUGGUUCCGGAUCCCGCGGAUUGCAGUCGAUACUAUAUUUGCUUCCAACGACAACCAAUCGGAGGAACGUCACACGCGUGCAAUGAUGGUCUACUGUUUGAUCCCAUCAACAUGCGAUGCGAUUUUGAGGAAAAUGUUGAAUGUGAGGUAGUAACAGUGCCUCCAAAUCUAACCGAAUGUCCUCCGACUGGACUGCACUACAUUCCGGAGACCGGAUCCUGCGAAUCCUACUUCAUCUGUCUGGACGGUGACAAGAUCGGUCCUCUGCAGUGCGCUGAUGGCUUAAUCUUCGAUAUUAACACAAGUAACUGUCGACCACGAACUGAUGAAGGAUCCCAGUGCAUUACGGAUCCCCCGGUUACCCCUGCGAUAUUUUUGGGGUAUUAUUGAAAGUUUAUUCUGUGU